GGCUUGGGCGAUGAGGAUUUGUUCCUGCAUGGAUUCCCUUCCUGUCCAGGGUCCGCUCCCGCUGGUCGGGGGUGCCUAACAAUAUCCUUGCCUCGUGGUUCGCAGCUGAAAAGGAACUUCGAGCCCGUCCAUCCAACUUUCACUUUUUAUAAACAAAUAUACAGAGGCCUCAGAUAAAUGAAACGCUUGUCUCGGGUUACAGCUCUGGCCAAUACUGGGGACCUGACGGUUAGUCCGCGGAUUUCCCUGCCUCUGGCCCGCGGGCACUGCCAAGCUAUCAGCCCCAAACCCUGCUCCGAGGACCACAAUCCGGUUUCGUCUACGAGCGGACUACAUCUCCCAGAAGGCCUUGGGCCCGACCUCCCGCCCGCUGCCCGGCCGAGUGCCGUCUCCACCAAUAGAAACGCAGAAUUUCUAAGUUCGUUCUCGGCAGCCAAUGUGCGCAGUGGUGGGCGGGCCUCUCCCGUCCAUUGUUCUCGGUGCCCCACGGGCUUGAGCCGGGGUGAAUCCGGAGGGGCCGGGCCGAGCCUGGGGGCGCUUUUGCACGCGGAGCAGCCGCUAGAGCAGGACUUGGUCUCCCGAGAGCAGGACUACUUGUUGAGAUUUGAGGAGGGAAGUGUCUUACCUGGCUGGAGAAGACUGAGGGUCGAGGCUUAAAGCCUAAGUGAUUGCCCCAGGACUGCGGAUGAUGGCUGCAGAGAUCCCCAGAGUGACCACUCCACUGAGCCCCGUGGUCCUGGUGCCUCAAGAGGAAGAUAGACAGGAGGAAGAGGUCACCACCAUGAUCCUGGAGGAUGACUCCUGGGUGCAGGAAGCUGUACUGCAGGAGGAUGGCCCUGAGUCUGAGCCCUUUCCCCAGAGUGCCAGCAAGGGCAGCCCCCAGGAGGAGGCAACUGGGGGACCACAGGGUGCGCUCGGCCGCCUCCGAGAGCUCUGUCGGCGCUGGCUGAGGCCAGAGGUACACACGAAGGAGCAGAUGUUGACCAUGCUGCCAAAGGAAAUUCAGGCUUGGCUGCAAGAGCAUCGGCCUGAAAGCAGUGAGGAGGCGGUGGCCCUGGUGGAAGACUUGACCCAGACCCUUCGGGACAGUGAUUUUGAGAUACAGAGUGAAAAUGGGGAGAACUGUAAUCAAGACAUGUUUGAGGACAAAUCACAUGAGAUAUUCUCGGAAGUGCCUGAAGAGGAAAGUGCUCAGCACUCCGAUGGGGAAAGUGACUUUGAGAGAGAUGCUGGCACCGGGAGGCCCCAGGGACACACCCCAGGCAAGGACCUCAGGGAGGUGCUCUCCCAGGACAAGGAAGUUGGCCAGCUCAUAGGCCUGCAGGGCACCUACCUGGGGGAGAAGCCCUAUGAAUGUCCCCAGUGUGGAAAGACCUUCAGCCGGAAGUCCCACCUCAUCACACAUGAGCGGACCCACACAGGAGAGAAAUACUACAAAUGUGACGAAUGUGGAAAAAGCUUUAGUGACGGUUCAAACUUUAGUAGACACCAAACCACUCACACCGGGGAGAAGCCCUACAAAUGCAGGGACUGUGGGAAGAGCUUUAGCCGGAGCGCCAACCUCAUAACUCACCAGAGGAUCCACACGGGGGAGAAGCCCUUCCAGUGUGCUGAGUGUGGCAAGAGCUUCAGCAGGAGCCCCAACCUCAUUGCACAUCAGCGCACCCACACGGGAGAGAAACCCUACUCGUGCCCCGAGUGUGGAAAGAGCUUUGGCAACCGGUCCAGCCUCAACACGCACCAGGGGAUCCACACUGGAGAAAAGCCCUAUGAAUGUAAAGAAUGCGGCGAAAGCUUUAGUUACAACUCCAACCUAAUCAGGCACCAGAGAAUCCACACAGGGGAGAAACCCUACAAAUGUACCGACUGCGGGCAGAGAUUCAGCCAGAGUUCAGCCCUCAUCACCCACCGGAGAACUCACACGGGAGAGAAGCCUUACCAGUGCGGCGAGUGCGGGAAGAGCUUCAGCCGCAGCUCCAACCUGGCCACGCACCGGAGAACCCACAUGGUGGAGAAGCCCUAUAAGUGUGGGGUGUGUGGGAAGAGCUUCAGCCAGAGCUCCAGUCUGAUCGCACACCAGGGCAUGCACACAGGGGAGAAACCCUACGAGUGCCUGACGUGUGGGGAGAGCUUCAGCUGGAGCUCCAACCUCCUCAAGCACCAGAGGAUCCACACGGGCGAGAAGCCCUACAAAUGCAGCGAGUGUGGGAAAUGCUUCAGCCAGCGCUCCCAGCUCGUAGUGCACCAGCGGACCCACACGGGCGAGAAGCCCUACAAAUGCCCCAUGUGCGGCAAGAGCUUCAGCCGGGGCUCCAUUCUGGUCAUGCACCAGAGAGCGCAUUUGGGAGACAAGCCCUACAGGUGCCCCGAGUGUGGGAAAGGCUUUAGCUGGAACUCAGUCCUCAUUAUACAUCAGCGAAUCCACACAGGGGAGAAGCCCUACAAAUGCCCCGAGUGUGGCAAAGGCUUCAGCAACAGCUCUAACUUUAUCACACAUCAGAGAACUCACAUGAAAGAGAAACUUUACUGACGUGGCCAAGAGCGAAAGUGAGGGGCUGGCUCUGGAGCGGAAGUUGCCACACUGCUCAGCAGUGAUUGAAAGAGCUGUGCUUCCCAAACGCUCUGGGGGUUUUUGCGGGAAUCUUCCCCUUGCUCAUCCUCAUUUCCAGUACGCAAUCAUUGUAGUGGUCUGAGUCAAGCCCCAUAUGUGUUCAAGAACAGGGUGUAGGAGUGGAAGGUCUGGAAAUUUGGGUCUUCUUUUCCCUUACAUUGUGUGACUUGAUUGGCCCCCUCUCUUGUGAUUCUUCUGUGCCUCAGUUUCUUCUUCAGUAAAGUGGUGGCGGGGGGGAGUGUUUCUCCAUGUGGAUGGAAGACAGCAUGGCCCACAAUGUGGGCCAAGUCCUCAGAGAAGUACUGGAAAUCCAUUGCUGUGGUUCUUGUUUUGCUGCCACUGUGCUGGGCUCAGGUGCCUUCCCUGCAAGCUGUUAGUGUUCCCCGGGCUCCCUGCCCAUGCUAGAAUCUGCUCUUCUGGCUUCAGUGUCUUGGGCUUUGAUUUCAGGUCAAGAUGGAGGGGCUUCUCCAGUUCUGAGUCACCCACAUGAAGAUAAAACCCUUUUCUAUUUCCAGAAAGUGUCAGGAGCACAGAAACAUGAGGAAGUACGGCCUGGAGCCAGUGCCCCAGUGUCCUUUCCAGUGACAAGAGUCAGGGCCUGCAGGAAAGGGGUAAACCGAGGACAUUCCAGUGCUUGCUUUUUCUCUGUCUAGUGUCCUGUGAUAAGUCAGCUACCAGGAUAACACAUUUGUUCUCGUGGGGUCUCCUUCUGGAGAGUGGAGUAAAGUCUGAGAGCCCCAGCUGCCAACCUGUGGUGGAUGGUAACUUCCGUCUCAUCAAGAGUAACACAGCAGGGUGGGCGUGUGCCUUUGCCCCAACAGAUACAUAGUCCCAUAACCAUUUCUGAAUUAUUCUGUGCACUUAUUUCCCUCUUCUAUUUUUAACUUGAUAUAUGCAGACCUAGAGUCCUGUCGGGUAGCUUUUGUAUAUGAAGAACAUUAUUUUUAAAGAAGUGCUAACUUUGAGGACAUAUCUGUUCCCUGGAGAUAUUUGGGUUUGAAUCAUGAGGUUUUCCUACAGGUGUCGCCCUUGAUCUCGGGACGCUAUCAGGGCUUUGUUCUCUAGAUCCUUGCGCCUGGAGAGAGUGAAGACGGGAGUGACGGCAGGUGAAAGGCUUUGCUGUGAAGGAAAAGGAGAUAAGGCGUUUCCAGGACAUGGGAAACUGCCUCCUCCUGCACAUGGGGCCUGUGCUCAGAAUGGGCUGGGUCCCUAUUCCCUAAUAAAGUUCCAUUAUUUUCCGGA